AUGGAAAAGCCACUCCACAGCCAAAAGGUCACGGCGUGGUGCGCUUUCAGCGCCAAAGGCAUCAUCGGACCCAUUUGGUUCCAGAACCAAGACGGAUCGACGGCCACCAUCACCAAAGAGCGGUACACAACAACGCUCAAUCGCUUCUGGAAACGCUUACAAGCUCAACACCAGACACAGCUAAACUUCUUCUGGUUCCAGCAGGACGGUGCGACGCCUCACACCUCCAACAUCGCCCUCGAGUGGCUGGAGACGCACUUCUGUGCCCGCGUGAUCAGCCGGAAAACGGCGCACCCCUGGCCGGCGCACUCCCCGGAUCUAACGCCGCUCGACUUCUACCUCUGGGGGUAUCUGAAGAGCCGCGUCUACCAAGGCAGCCCCCAAAACCUCUCAGAUCUAAAGGCUGCCAUCGGGCGUGAAGUCCGCAGGAUUCCUCUUGCCACCUGCGCCCGAGUGGUAGCAGAAGUCAAGCACAGGGCUGAUCUGUGCCUGUCGCGAAAUGGACGCUAUCUGGAGCACGUGCUCCACUGA